AUCGUCCUCGAGGAGCUGAGGGCCACAGUCGAGUCGCGCCAUAUCGAAUACUCUACACUUUUCAUGGUUCAUGAAAAACGCUACAACACCCGAUUUGCAGAACGCAACAGCUUAAGAAUAAAAGUCGGGCUUUAAUCAGCGCAGAAAAUUAUACCCCUCUUCUGCUCGUGCUGCUUUCUUUGUUUGACGUUGUGCCUUCUGCAAGCUACUCACACCCGCGCAUCUCAGCACCAUGGCUCCUGGAGGAAGAGCAGGAGGCGUCGGAGGAAGAGGAAGAGGAGGGCGAGAAGGCGGAGGAAGAGGAAGAGGAGGGCGAGAAGGAGGAGGAGGAGGAGGGGGAGGUCGUCGCAAGUCGUCGUCAGAUCGCGACCCGUUGACGGCUAAACUCUCGCCGGGUUUGGGGGGAGCCGCGCUUCCGCCGCCUCCUUCCGCCAGGGAUGUUUCCGCGCUUCCCGCGUCCCUACGACGAGUAAUGGCCCUCAAGACGCGCGCGGAACAGGAUUCUGCAGCAGGGAAGAGGAAGCGUGGGGACACAGGAUGCCGCAGAACGGGGCGCAGUGGGCCGGGGGGAGCGGGGAACCGCAGCGCUGGGGGGGAGGCGGCAAGCAAACGGGCGCGCAGAGCAGAGCAAGCGGGACGCGGGGGGGAUUCUGCUGCGCCAGGGCAUAGGGAAGUAGCAGAGCGCACUAAAUCCCAGCAGCAGGGCGGAGAACCUGGGGGGAAGGGGGAUCAGAGAGGGGGAAGCGCGGGGGUGGAGCAGCGCCCGGGUGCUGCAGCGGGAGGGGGGGUAGAAGCGUCCGCAGGUGGGGGAAAGGGGAGAAAAGCGGGUGUACGGGGCGGGAAGGGGGGGAGAGGGGACGAGCGGGGGGGAAGGGGGCAACAUGCGCGUGGGCUUGGGAGGAAAGAGGAGCAAGAUCUGCUGGCGUUCGGGGAAGAGUUGAAAGCGGCUGCUGCUGCUGCUGGGAGCAAGGGGAAGAGGAAAGAGAAGAUGAAGAAGUUCUUGACAGAACGACGCAAGGCAAAGAAGUUGAAGCAGAAGCACGGGGGCAAAGGGGGGGAUGGCGGAGGGGAGGGGCAUGAGUCAGCAGGGGGGGGAGGGCAGGGGGAGAUCAGGAGCGCGGAUGGGCGGAGGGCGGAUGGGCGGGCGCUGGAGUUUCCUGAGAGGGAGGUGGUGGCGUUUGGGGAUGUGGUGCUGGAACCACCCAGGAACCUCACCCAGCCUCGCAAGAAGAAACCCACUCAACAACCACACUCUACUGGCCCCAUCACCUCCACUCCCAUGGCUGCUGCUGCUGCUGCUGCUGGUACUGUCGCCUCUGGGUCUGCUUCUGCUGCUCUUCAGCCUGCUGCCGGCCCCACCAAGUUUUCCACCCCUUCCCCUUCUAGCGGUGCCGACAACACCACUACCGUUGCCAUCACUGCUGUUGCCAACCCUGAUGGUUCCGAAUCCGCUGCCGCCGUUGCUGCUGCUGCAGCUGCAACUGCAACUGUCCCGCCGAAGAAGGAGCCUCGCCAUUGGCCGGCGGCGAUGGGUGAAAGCGUGGCCUCGCAGGAGCGGUUGCGACUAGCGGCUGUGCAGCAUUACCGUGAUUUGCAUAAGAAGAAGAAAGAGCAAAUGCUGGCUAAUCUCCCGGCACGAUCGCUUGGAGUAGAACUGGAGUGAAGUUUUACUCCCCCUCUUUUUUGGGGGGUGGGGUCAUGAAAAGCCCUGCAUCUGUAGUAGGCAUUAGUUUUUUACACUAGUAAAUGCAUGGUUUGGUGUGCUUAGUGUAACGAAAAUCCCUUUUCCUUAUCGACCCUCGCUAACAUCGAGUACAGCCCUGACUUUCAGAACUCCAGGCUCAGCCCGACAUCUUAGGUCCGAACUACAUUCGAGACCCCCAAGCCUACACGCGGCGUCGCGUUCGACACUUCCGUGUCCCGAGGCGCCCAAACCACCUCGCGUGUGU